CUCUCUCUCUCUCUCUCUCUCUCUCUCUCUCUCGCUUUUUUUUUUUUGUGUUUUUUUUUUUUGGAUCUUAUUUGUUGACGUUUCCCGGAGCGCCAUGGCCGAGAGGAGCUCCGCCGUGAUGCUGGAGCCCGGCGUGGGGAUGACACUGCCCGCGGAGGUCCGGGAGAAGCUGGCGGAGCUGGAGCUGGAGCUGUCCGAAGGGGACAUCACUCAGAAGGGUUAUGAGAAGAAGAGGAGUAAACUUCUGGCUCCGUACAUCCCCCAGAUCCAAGGAGUAGACCCGUCGCUGCAGAUCGACACCAGAGGUCAGGGGUCAUCGCAGCUCCUGUCCGUCAAACACCACAAGAGCCGCGCCCCCAACUCCCGGGAUGAGCGCUUCAGAUCAGACCUGCACACUGAAGCUGUCCAAGCCGCUCUGGCCAAAUACAAAGAGAGGAAGAUGCCCAUGCCCUCCAAGAGGCGCUCGGUGCUCGUGCAGUCGUCUGUGGAGGCCUGUACUCCUCCAGACACCUCGUCGGCCUCAGAGGACGAGGGCUCGCUGCGUCGCCACGGCCGCGUCACGUCCACGCCGUUCCAGGCCCUGUCCCACGCCCCCCCCACGGUCGAGCACUGGUUCAACCGCGUGAUCCAGGGAACCUCGUCCACCUCGUCCUCGGCCUCGUCCACGUCCUCGCUCCCCGGCGGCAGGUCCGGCCCCGCCCACGGCCCCCCCCACGGCGCCCCCCACAGCGCCCUCAACGCCAACGCCACCGCCGCCGCCCUCGCCGACCUCAUGGCGCACACGCACAUCGACCCGCCCUCCGCCCCCCCGGACGUGACGGGCCUGUCCGAACGCCCCGCCCACCUCGCCGACCGCGCCCAGGUCCUGUCCGUCAGAGGCGUCUCCCGCGGCAACAACCACGUCGUCAUGGAGACCGCUGAUGGUGUCCCGGUCCACAGUCGCGUCUCCUCCAAAAUCCAGCAGCUUCUCAACACGCUGAAGAGACCCAAGCGCCCGCCGCUGCCCGACUUCUUUGUGGAUGAUUUUGAGGAUCUGUUGGAUGUCCAGCAGGGGGACCCGGACCAGCCCAGGCCGGAGGGGCAGCAGACGAGCCCGCUGGAGGGGGAGGCGCUGGGGGUGGGCAGCGGCUGGCCUCCCUCGCUGACCGCCGCCCUGCAGAGGUGGGGCACGACGCAGCCCAAAGCCCCCUGCCUCACCGCCCUGGACACGGCGGGAAAACCCGUCUACACGCUCACCUACGGUAAACUGUGGACUCGCAGUCAGAAAUUGGCCUACACACUCAUGAACAAACUGAGCUCCAGGAACGAGCCGCUGCUGCUGCCCGGAGACAGAGUGGCGCUGGUGUUCCCCAACAGUGACCCGGUCAUGUUCAUGGUGGCGUUUUACGGUUGUCUCCUGGCAGAGCUCAUCCCCGUGCCCAUCGAAGUGCCCCUCACCAAAAAGGACGCGGGCAGUCAGCAGAUGGGUUUCUUACUGGGCAGUUGUGGCGUGAGUCUGGCCCUGACCACAGACGCCUGUCAGAAGGGUCUGCCCAAAGCCCAGACCGGAGAGGUGGCCACGUUUAAAGGUUGGCCUCGGCUGCUCUGGUUUGUGACCGACGGGAAACACGUGGUGAAGCCGCCCAAAGACUGGCACCCGCCCGUCCGAGAAGCCAACAACGACAUCGCCUACAUCGAGUACAAGACGAGUAAAGAGGGCAGUACGAUGGGCGUGAGCGUGUCUCAGGCGGCCAUGUUGUCUCACUGUCAGUCCCUGUCACAGUCCUGCAGCUACACUGAAGGCGAGACCAUCACCAACGUCCUGGAUUUCAAACGAGAGGCCGGAUUAUGGCACGGCGUCCUGACGAGUGUGUGGAAGAGGCUCCAUGUGGUCAGUAUCCCCUACUCCCUGAUGAAGGUCAAUCCUCUGUCCUGGAUCCAGAAAGUCCACGUCUUUAAAGCGGUCGUGGCCGUGGUGAAGUCCAGGGACAUGCACUGGUCUCUUCUGGCCCAAAGGGAACAGAGAGACUUGAGUCUGAGCUGCCUGCGCAUGCUCAUCGUAGCAGACGGAGCCAACCCCUGGUCCAUCUCUUCGUGCGACGCUUUCGUAAACGUUUUCCAGAACCGAGGUCUGAGGCCGGAGGUGAUCUGCCCGUGCGCCUGCUCGUCUGAGGCGCUCACCGUCGCCAUCCGCAGGCCUCCAGACUCCGGGGUCCCUCCUCCUGGAAAAGCCGUUCUGUCCAUGUCCAGUCUGAGUUACGGCGUGAUCCGAGUCGACACCGAGGAGAAGCUCUCUGUCCUCACCGUGCAGGACGUGGGACAAGUCCUGCCCGGAGCGGUGGUGUGCGUGGUGCGUGUGGACGGGCCUCCUCUCCUCUGUCAGACCGAUGAGGUGGGGGAGAUCUGCGUCAGCUCCAGGACCUCGGGGGUGACCUACUACGGCCUGCCGGGGAUGACCAAGAACGUCUUCGAGACGAUCCCAGUGUCGCCCUCUGGUGUCCCGGUGUGUGAGCGCGUCUUCACCAGGACGUCUCUGCUCGGCUUCACCGGACCGGACGGUCUGGUGUUUGUGGUGGGGAAGUUGGACGGGCUGAUGGUCGUGAGCGGACGGAGACACAACGCCGACGACGUGGUGGCCACCGCGCUCGCCGUGGAGCCCAUGAAGUUUGUCUACAGGGGAAGGAUGGCGGUUUUCUCUGUGUCCGUUCUCCAUGACGACCGGAUCGUGGUGGUGGCGGAGCAGAGGCCGGACGCCUCAGAGGAGGACAGCUUCCAGUGGAUGAGCCGCGUGCUGCAGGCCAUCGACAGCAUCCAUCAGGUCGGCGUUUACUGUCUGGCUCUGGUUCCUGCCAACACUCUGCCCAAAGCUCCUCUGGGCGGGAUCCACAUCUCUGAGACCAAACAGCGCUUCCUGGAGGGGGCGCUACACCCCUGCAACGUGCUCAUGUGCCCCCACACCUGCGUCACCAACCUGCCCAAGCCCCGGCAGAAGCAGCCAGAGGUGGGCCCGGCCUCCAUGAUCGUGGGAAACCUGGUGGCGGGGAAGAGAAUCGCACAGGCGUGUGGUCGGGACGUGGGGCAGAUGGAAGACAACGAGCAGUUUUUGUACAUUCAGGACGUUCUUCAGUGGAGAGCUCAGGCCACUCCAGACCAUCCACUCUUCAUGGUCCUCAACUCCAAGGGUACAGUGUCCAGCACCGCCUCGUGUCUGCAGCUGCAUAAAAAAGCGGAGCGAGUGGCGGCGGCUCUCAGCGGGCGCCUCAACACGGGCGACCACGUGGCUCUGGUUUACCCCCCAGGUGUGGAUCUGAUCGCCACGUUCUACGGCUGCCUGUACGCCGGCGUGGUCCCGGUCACCGUGAGGCCCCCGCACCCCCAGAACCUGGCCACCACCCUGCCCACGGUCAAGAUGAUCGUCCAGGUCAGUAAGUCCGUGUGCAUCCUGACCACACAAGCAAUAAUGAAGCUGCUGAAAUCCAAAGAGGCGGCUGCAGCUGUGGACGUGAAGAGCUGGCCCCUGGUCAUGGACACAGACGACCUCCCCAGAAAGAAGUGUGUCCAGACCUACAAGCCGCCCACGCCGGAGAUGUUGGCGUAUCUGGACUUCAGCGUGUCCACCACGGGCAUCCUGGCAGGGGUCAAAAUGUCUCACAGUGGCACCAGUGCCCUGUGCCGCUCCAUAAAGCUUCAGUGUGAGCUGUACCCGUCCCGACAGAUCGCCAUCUGCCUGGACCCCUACUGCGGCCUGGGCUUCGCUCUCUGGUGCCUCUGCAGUGUGUACUCAGGUCACCAGUCCAUCCUGGUGCCUCCUCUGGAGCUGGAGACCAACCCGUCCCUGUGGCUGUGUGCGGUCAGCCAGUACAAGGUGCGGGUCACCUUCUGCUCCUACAGCGUCAUGGAGGUGUGCACCAAGGGCCUGGGCACGCAGACCGAGGCUCUCAAGAUGAAGAACGUGAACCUGGCGUGCGUGCGGACGUGCAUGGUGGUGGCAGAGGAGAGGCCUCGGAUGGCCCUCACUCAGUCCUUCUCCAAGAUCUUUAAGGACCUGGGACUGUCCCCUCGGGCCGUCAGCACCACCUUCGGGUGCAGGGUGAACGUGGCCAUCUGUCUGCAGGGAACCUCCGGACCCGACCCCACCACCGUGUACGUGGACAUGAGAGCGCUGCGCCACGACAGGGUGCGCCUGGUGGAAAAGGGCUCACCGCACAGUUUACCGCUCAUGGAGUCUGGGAAGAUUCUUCCAGGAGUUAAAGUCAUCAUCGCCAACACAGAGACCAAAGGACCUCUGGGCGACUCACAUCUGGGAGAGAUCUGGGUGAGCAGUCCACACAACGCCUCUGGGUACUACACGGUGUACGGGGAGGAGGCUCUCCACGCCGACCACUUCAACACCAAGCUCAGUUUCGGAGACACGCAGACGGUGUGGGCGCGCACCGGGUACCUGGGCUUCCUCCGCCGCACCGAGCUCACCGACGCCAACGGAGAGCGACAUGACGCCCUGUACGUGGUGGGCAGUGUGGACGAGACCCUGGAGCUGAGGGGCAUGAGGUACCAUCCCAUCGACAUCGAGACGUCGGUGAUCCGUGCCCACCGGAGCAUCGCCGAGUGUGCGGUCUUCACCUGGACCAACCUGCUGGUGGUGGUGGUGGAGCUGGAGGGGUCCGAGCAGCAGGCCCUGGACCUGGUUGCCCUGGUGACCAACGUGGUUCUGGAGGAGCACUACCUGAUCGUGGGCGUGGUGGUGGUGGUGGACCCGGGCGUCAUCCCCAUCAACUCGCGCGGAGAGAAGCAGCGCAUGCACCUGAGGGACGGUUUCCUGGCGGACCAACUGGACCCCAUCUACGUGGCUUAUAACAUGUGAAGUCAUGACGUGGACCACACCCCCAUGUGAUCAGAAAGAUGGACCGCCCCCGUGUGAUCAGGAACAUGGACCGCCCCCGUGUGAUCAGGAACAUGGACCGUCUCUAUGUGAUCAGUAACAUGGACCACUUUCAUGUGAUCAAAAACAUGGACCGCCUUCGUGUGAUCAGUAACAUGGAUUGCCCCCAUGUGAUGAAUAACAUGGACUGCCGCUAUGUGAUCAGUAACAUGGACCACUUUCAUGUGAUCCAUAACAUGAACCUCCCCCGCGUGAUCAGUAACACGGAACACAUCUAUGCGAUCAAUAACAUGGACUGCCUCAAUGUGAUGAAUAACAUGGACCGUCUCCAUGUGAUCAGUAGCAUGGAUUGUUUCAAUGUGGUGAAUAACAGGGACCAGCCCCAUGUGAUCAAUAACAUGGACUGUCUCUGUGAUAAAUGACAUCGGUCACGUCUAUGUGAUUAAUAACAUGGAGCACAUCUAUGUUAUCAGUAACAUGGACCGCCCCCAUGUGAUUAAUAACAUCGACUGCCUCUAUGUGAUUAAUAACAUGGACAGCCUUUAUGUGAUCAGUAACAUCGGUCACGUCUAUGUGAUUAAUAACAUAGGUUGCCUCUAUGCGAUCAGUAACGUGGGACAUGUCUAUGUGAUCGGUAAAAUAGGUCACCUCCAUGUGAUCAGUAACAUGGACCGCUACCAUGUGAUUAAUAACAUCGACUGCCUCUAUGUGAUCAGUAACAUCGGUCACAUCAAUGUGAUUAAUAACAUGGAACACCCCUAUGUAAUCAAUAACAUGGAACAUGUCUAUGUGAUUAAUAACAUGGAACGCUUUAAUUGAGUAAUAACAUGAACGCGUUUGUGAUUAAUAACAUGGACAGCCUUUAUGUGAUCAAUAACAUCGGUCACAUCUAAGUGAUUAAUAACAUGGAACGCGUUUAUGUGAUUAAUAACAUACGUCACUUCUAUGUGAUCAGUAACAUGGGACAUGUCUAUGUGAUCAAUAACAUUGGUCACGUCUAUGUGAUUAAUAACAUGGAAAAUGUUGGAACAUGGAACACGUUUAUGUGAUUAAUAACAUGGGAUACGUCUAUGUAAUUAAUAACAUGGGCCGCUUCUAUGUAAUUAAUAACAUGGGACGUCACCAGUUUGACCUUUUAACACUGGCCCCUUCAGUAAAACUUAUAACUUACUAGUCCAUCUGAAAAAAUGUGAUUAUCAUGAAAAAGUUCAUCAGCUCUGAGCGUCGUGAGCACAACCUGUUUAUAUAAACCAAGCCCCGGGGUUUUAAAACGGCCUCCCGUUCAAAUCAAUGGGUCGAGCUCAAUGUCUCAUGACUCCAGAUUCACCUUUAACCCGGCGCGGUCUUCUGGGUCUCUGGGCCGACUGAGCGUGUGCAGAAGUGUCUUUCUCGUGUAUCGUGUAGGGAUGUAACAAUAAGCGAAAUAUCGUGAUAUAUCGUAAAAAGUUCUCACAAUAAUAUCGUGGACCAUCACAAUAUAUCGAAUCACAAGUCUCUUUGUUUAAAUGAAGAGUUAUACUAAAAAACACAGAGGGAACUACAUAGACCAUGAUCCUUUGCUCCAUUUCAGUGCAGACGACAAGAAGAAAUAACAGUUCUAACACUUUUAACUCUUAGUUCUUUGGAUUAAGUUUUGUCAAGGCGUUUUAAGAGGAAAAAAGAAGCAUAUUCAGUUUUGUCUCUACAAAAUAUCGCAAUAAAUAUGAGAUGUACAUCGUGAAAAUAUCGUACAGAGAGAUUUAGAUAUUGUUACAUCCCGAAUCGUGAGCCUCUCCAACAUAUCGUGAACUAUUGUGGCUCCUCUUUCUGUCGUUUUGGUCUUCAGAAGUUCACAUUAACCCGUUCUCCCCGGGGCUUUUAUUUUGCUUUUUUGGUCCAUUAAAAAAAAAGAAUUGUAAUAUACGGGUUUGACUUUCUGAAAUGAGAGACAAAAAAUACUGAACUUUUUCAUGAUAUUCUCCUUUUGAGGUAAAUAAUAUCGAUCAUCUGAAGCCCAGCGUUGGGCCGAUAACAUUUUGAACAUUUCACGUCCCGUCGCACAUGCAUCAUAAAGCGUUAAAAAUAAAAUAAAAUAAAUAAAUAUAUAUAUAUAUACGGGGGUGGGGAGAUUUUCUAUUUUAAAAAACUGGCUUGUAUUUAACUUUAUACAUGAUGAAAAAUGUGAUGAAGGUUCGAUGAUGAUGUGAUGUCACUGGAGAGCUCUUGUGUUGCGUACGGACACAAAUCGCUGUUUACACUCGACAGCUCCGACGUCUUCUCAGACUUUUCGUAAACGCUGCGGCGAAGUUCAAACGCCGCGACGUCAAAGCGCCGUUUUCUGAUCUACGUUCUGAUGUCGUUUCCUCGUCGCAAACGGACCCGGAGUUGAGUUUUUGUUUCAUUCGCACGCGUUUAAACUCACAAAACCCCGCGCGCUGUACGUAGGCCGAGUUCUCUGUUCCACUUUGUGAUGUCAUGACGUAGUACAGGAAGUGCUCCACUGUGUUUUUAAACUCCACGCACCUUCGCGAGAAUCAUUUGGACAAGUUCAGCCCUGGAAUUGACGAACUCUACAGAACAAAAAAUUUAAAAAGUAGAUGUUAUCUUGAAAACUACCAACAGAAGCUCAGUUGGGUCUGUGUCCCGUUGUUUGUUUGUUUUUUUUUAAAAUUCCAAUUAAGAACGAAAAACAAUAAAAUGGGAAAACAGUUUGUUAUUUAAUAAAAAAAAAAAAAACAACUGAUUUCGACCUCUACUUUCAAUAUUUAUUUUAAAGUUUAUUUCAAGUAACAAUAAUCAAAAAACAUUUGGUGCCUGUUUUAAUUUUGAUUUUAUUCUCUGGUUUAUUUGAAGUUCUGCUGCUAGAAGGAUUCACCUGGAAAAAAAAAACAUGUCGUCUUCUUUUAUAGCGACGCGUUUACUUACUUUACUGAAUUCACUCGCGGCUCUGAGCAGCAGAACUUCUGUUUCUUCUGAACUGUUUUUUGAUUGGUGUUUUUGAAAUAAACUUUAAAUUAAAUAUUGAAAAUCGACGGUCCAUGUUCCGUUGGUUAUUUUGAAUUUCAAUUAAGAACGAAAAACAGUUUGUUAUUUCAUUUUUCCGUUUUAGUGUCAAAUAAAAAAAACAGAUUUCGACCUCAAUUUCCAAUAUUUAAUUUCAAGUUUGUUCCAGAUAACACCAAUUAAAAAACAGUCAUCGUGCAUAUUUUAAUUUAGAUAUUUUUUUCUCUCUGGUUUAUUUGAAGUUUUGCUGCUGAAGGACGAACCUGAAAAAUCGUUGGAGUUUUGUGAACAAACAUGUCGUCGUCUUUUAUGGCGACGCAUUUACUUUCACGUCUUAGAAAAUCAUCUAAAAUUUGUUCAGUCGACUCCGCAGAACUAUAAUAAAAUAGUUUUUAUUCUAGAUCCGCGGUCGACGCUGCAGCAAAACUUCAAAUAAACCAGAGACAAUAAAAUAUCAAAAUUAAAAUAGGCACGAUGACAGUUUUUUGAUUGGUGUUAUUUGAAAUAAACUUUAAAUUAAAUAUUGGAAAUAGAGGUCGAAAUCUGUUUUUUUUUUAAAUGAAAUAACAGACUGUUUUCACAUUUUAUCAUUUCUCAUUCUUAUUUGGAAAAAAAAAAAAAAAAAAAAAACGAACGGGACAUAGACACAAUUUAAAUUUUAAAAUAUUUUCUUUUUUAAUAUUUUAAAUAUAUAUAUAUUUAAAUAUUUGAAAUAAACUUUAAAUUAAAUAUUGGAAACUGAACUCGAACUGUUUUUUCUUUUUUUUUUUUGCCACUAAACCGGAAAAAUGAAAUAACAAACUGUUUUCCCAUUUUAUAGUUUUUCGUUCUUAAUUGAAAUUCAAAAGAACAAACGGGACACAGACCCAGAGCGUUUGACAGAGCGUCUGUCAACUGACCCGAAGGUUGUCCCACAGAUGAUCCAUGUCGUUGUUGUUGUGUCCUUGGGCAAGACACUUAACCCGCCCGUACCACGUGACUGUUUCAGGAAGUGGUUUGUGGAUUUGGCUCGCGACUCGAAACAUAAGGACCAAAAAAAUGCGACAGAUUCCCCCAAAACAUUUGUGGUUUUGGUACAUUCUAGUUGAGAUUCUUUUUUUUUUUCUAUGGCAUAAACCACAUCACUAAAUACUCAAAUUUUCCCCUGGUUUAAUAUAUUUCUGUAGAAAAAAAAAAAAAAAAAAACGACCAUUAUAUCAUGAACACAGAGUCCAUGUUCAUAAAUUUACACUUUAUGUUGAAAUCACAAACAUUUAAAUAUUUGUUCAGUAUAAAUCUUCGAUGAUCAUGUUGAUUGUUUUAUUUUCACUCUGCCUGUUAUACAUAUUUUUGUCCACUUGAUGGCGCAGUGGAGCAAAUGAAGCACCUCCAAGCGUCGGCUCAAGAGUCGAGCAAACGGACGGAACACUUCAACGCUUCACGGGGCUUCACCUCAACAUCACUACUAUUCAUGACAUCACAAGGUGGAACAGAGCAUCUGGAGCUUUAACGAUCUAAGACUAUUACCGUAUUUCCCGCACUAUAGUUCACUCUGGAUUAUCAGGCGCUCUGUCACUGAAUGGUUGAUUUUUGAGUUUUUUCACACAUAAACGUCACGGGACUAUAAGGCGCAUUAAACGAAACACAACAGUUCGAUAAGUCAGUCAAAAUGUAUUUAACGUGUUCACAAUAACUCAACUUUGUUCAAUUGUAACACGUAAAAAAAUCCUGUCUGAGAGGCUAAAUAUUCACAAUAAGUCAUAAUUGUUGACUGUUCCUAAUCCGUGUGUCGUUCGUUCAUUCAUUUUU